ACACCGCACCGCUCCCCGCGGCCCCGGUGCCCGCAGCACCCGCACCCGGCCGGACCAUGAUGUCGUGUGCCGAGCUGCUGGCCGUGUGCCUGCUCUCAGCAGACCGCGGUCACAAGCCCCACCGCCAGCCGCUGCCCAUCUUCCACGACAUUUUCCGGCGAGCCGACAAGAACGACGAUGGGAAGCUGUCAUUCGAGGAGUUCAAGAACUAUUUCGCUGACGGCAUCCUGAGCUCGGAGGAGCUGUGGGAGUUGUUCAGUGGCAUCGACCGGCGUCACUCAGACAACGUGGACACGGAGAAGCUGUGCGAUUAUUUCUCGGCGUACCUGGGGGAAUACGGGAAUGUGCUCUCCGCCCUGGAAACGCUCAACGCCGCCGUGCUGGCAGCCAUGGACAAAACCAAGCUGAGGUACGAGACCUCCUCCAAGAUGGAGCAGUUCCUGACCCGGUUCCUGCUGCGGGAAACCAUGCACCAGCUGCAGUCGCUGCAGGCGUCCCUCGAGUGCGCCGUGGACACCGUGGAGGAGCAGGCGGGACGGGAGAGAAAGGAGAUCAAGAAAUCGGAGACUUUGGUUGGCCUGAGGUCAGGGCGGCGGUGUGGGCGCAGGGGACAGAGGAACGUCUGCCUGUCCCCAACAGAGCCCUACUCUGGGAUGCUGACAACAGGUGUUUGUGUCGAGGACAGCAGCCAGUGGAAGGCUCAGAUCAACAGGCUCCAGCAGCUCAUCGAGAAGCUGGAGUGCAAGAGCCCUCGCCUGGAGCCGCUGAAGGAGGAAGCCGUGUGCAAGGGACAGGAUGCACACAUCCUGGUGGCCAAGAGGCAGAUCUCGGUGGCCACCAGCAGCAUCGAGGAGUUCCGGCGGGCGUUCCGCUGCUACACCGAGGGCACGGCCGGGCACAGCAGCUGCCUGCAUGUCUCUGCCUGCAAGCUGAGGGACGAGCCCUGCUUCAUCCUGUACGAGUUCUGGCAGGACGUGACCUCGUGGAGAAGCCACUUGCAGUCCAGCUGCAGCAAGACUUUCCAGCAGUCCAUCCUCAGCUUGCUGGAGUCCCCGGAGCUGCUGACCACCAUGCUCUUCCCAGCGUCCUGGUGGAUCAUGAACAACAACUGACCCGGGGCAGCCGUCUCCAGGACACCACCAGCAUGCGGGAGGACGUGGAGCCCUGGGCACAGCCGUCACCUUUGUCACCUCCCUGUUCCCUCCUGUGGCCAGCGGGGGCUGCCUGCUCUCGGCCCCGCCAGUGUUUUGCUCCUUCGCUCUUUUCAUGUUAAUUUAUUUAUUUCUCCUGCUCCUAA